AUGUCAUCGUCCGUGUCCGAGCGAACACCACUUCUUCGCUCUAAUUCGGCAAACCACCGGGACCGCUCACAUUCAAUUACAGAAGAUGCGAUCACGACCGCAGAGGCAGCGCAACAAGGCGAGGGCGCUGCGCCCCAGUUCCCAACAUCAGGAGAGAGCAGAUGCGCUUUACAUGCUCAAUCGGUCGACGUCAACGACGACGAGACUACCAUCGCGCAUGCGACGAAAAGCCUAGUCAAAUUCCAGAAGAAUGGGAAGCUUGAGGGCGUCGGGGUGUGGAAAUUUAGACUUGUGUUUGGUGGUAUUCUGCUUGGGUAUUUUGUUGCCAUGUUUGACUCCACUUUAAUGGCAUCAAGUCAUCCAGUCAUCACAUCGUACUUCCAUGCAUCAAACUCAGCGUCCUGGUUGUCGACAGCCUUCUUGCUUACAUCAACCUCGCUCCAACCGCUAAUGGGUCGGCUGUCAGAUACCCUUGGUCGUCGACCAUUGUAUCUGGCUGGUCUUGUUGUCCUUGCAGCCACGACCGCAUGGUGUGCUCUUGCACAAACUGUUGGUAGCUUCAUCGCGGCGCGAGCUUUCUGCGGCAUCGGCGCAGCCGGGGUGCUGUCGAUGGGUAACAUCAUGACCAAUGAUCUAGUCAGUAUCGAAGUACGAGGCACCUACCAGGCCUACAUCAACCUCUUCUACGGAGGGGGUUCCGCUUGCGGGGCGGCUUUUGGUGGCUUUCUAUGUGACAAACUAGGAUGGCGGAUGACCUUUGCUAUACAGAUCCCCGUCCUAAUCAUACUCUUGAUCAAUGCUAUAUUCACGACGCCUGCUUCGCUUGGUCCAAACCUGGCCAAGCGCUACGGCUUAGGUCUAAGAGAUGGUCUAAAGGGAUUCGACGUCGCCGGAUCCGUGCUUUUAACGGUAUCCGUCGCAUUCCUCAUUCUAGGAUUGAACCUUGGUGGCAACAUAUACCCGUGGAAGCAUUGGAUUGUUAUCACUUCGCUCGUGAUAGCGACGGUAACCGGCACCAUGCUUGUCAAAGUUGAGUCAGGAGCUGUCCGACCGGUCAUGCCUCUGCCCAUGUUGUUCAGCAGACCGCGAGGCAACCUUGUCUUUAACAACUUCUUCGCUCAGGUGGGGAUGAACACCAUCUUAUUCAACGCACCACUGUACUUCCAAGCAGUUGAACUCGAGACAGCGUCAAUUUCCGGAUUCCGCCUUGCUGGUCCUUCUGUCGCCCUCACUAUCUGCGGCGUCUCUGCAGGCUUCAUCAUGACCGCGACCGGACGCAUGAAAUGGCUCAUCGUUGUUGGCUCCCUUUCCAUGCUGUUGGGCGCUGUAUGCCUUUCCGCAAUGUGGGACGGGAUACCGAAGUGGCUUGCCACGAUCUUCCUAGUUCCGUCUAGUAUCGGUCAAGGUCUUAGCUUCCCUGCAACGAGCCUUGCAGUCCUUGCAACAAGCACACAGGAGGAUCAGGCAGUCAUGACCAGCACACUCAUUUUGUGGCGCAGUUUGGGCAUUGUAAUGGGUGUCUCGCUGAGUAGCCUCAUCCUCCAGAACGCCUUGACAUUGCACCUAGAAACCUUAGUCACCGGUCACAACAAGGCUAAGAUUAUACAACACGUUCGUAGAUCGGUCCGCAGCAUCAUUGACCUCGAUCCGGAGCAUCAGAGUCAAGGUUCGUAA